GGCACCCUGCGCAGACAGCCCCCACUUCGGCGACAGGUGUGCGCUGAUGUGCAAAAAAGUCGAAAAAACCUUACGCAAUCGUGCUCAAGGCUUUGGUCUUUUUUCAUAGGUGGUACCGGAGGAAAAGGGUGGUACCCUUGGCGAAAAAUCCCGUUAGUGGUAGUGCGAAUCGGCGAGUGCGUUGCGUCUAGGGGGCAUGCCUGGUCCCUGAUCUGUCUCCAUUCAUGCUCGCUAGUAGUACCUCUGGUAGUACGCUCUGUGAAAUGAUCAAAGUAGCACUAAGGCAUAGUCUUAGCGUUACGCAAUUCAUUCAUAUCGGUACGCCGCUUGCGGUUCAGUGUUUGUGCGUUCGGACUGUGUUUUUGCCAAUACUCGACUGAUCGGAUGGAAUUUUUGUAUGAUGUAUUUCGAAAGUGUCGUCGUUUUAGUGCUUUUUUCGAUUCAAUGCAUCUGCUCGAGAUUACCUUUGGAAGUUUUUCAGCACCAUCCGAUCGAACACUAUGUUCAUCACCAUAGACUUAAUCACAAUGCGGGCUUUCAUCGAAAGAAAAACAUCGAUUUCGACAACGUUAAAAUUUUGUACCAAAUUGGGACGUCCGACGCUGAUCUACCCGAAUGUGCACCAAGGGCGAUCUGCAACAAGCUUGACCUCUACGACGCCCCGUGGAUCGAAAAACAGUGCAGGUGCGCGGGGGGGAGGAUGUGUCCUCUGGAACUCCAAACGGACGACGGAUUCACUCUGGCGGACAAAACGAGGCAGUAUAAGCUCUGCGAGCCCGUCAAGAAGAUACCAAAGUGCAGAUUCUUCAGAGACACCACUUGGACGAUUACCUUGUUCGCGAACAACGUGACGGAACAGAUCGUUCAAUGUCACUGUCCGAAGAACUCCAUGACGUACUUGACAAAACGUCAAGCUGUCCAUUUGCCGAAUGGCCAGGUGGCGUUUCAGUAUUACUUUUCGUGUUCACCGCAAGCCAGACUUCGCUGUCAGCGUAAGGAACCUUGCCGCUUGUUUACCGUACGCAAACGUCAAGAAUUUUUGGACGAAGUGAAUGUGAACAGUUUGUGCCAAUGUCCUCACGCGCAUCGAUGUCCGCACCACCAUAUGGACUAUGGCGUAAUCGCGGGCAAAAGCUAUACAGAGGAAGCUAUUAAAACAUACAGUGGUUAUUGCUUGCCAUCUUAGUACGUUGUCGUGAGAUGUCGUUAUGUACCGUUUAACUCCGUUGAAAUAUUUUUUUGGCGCGUUUUUUGCUAGACAGAUCAUUAUGUAAAUAAUUAUUUUAUUGAAGCCGUUAUAUAUAGGACAAGAGCCGCCAUUUGUAAAGACAUUGUAUAUUUUAGAGUAUUAAGCGACGUUUGAAACGUAAAUUAUAUUAUAAAUAGGUAAGUCGAGUGCCUCUUUGAUUUGCAGUUUUUGUACAAUUUUAUGUUAUUUUUUUAAUAUGUAUCAGUGUACAAACGUAUAUAAAAGUAUGUUAUUUUUAUAAA